AUGGCCAAGGAGAUGCUGCAGCCCUUCACCGUCUUCACGCGAGAGAUGCUCGACGCGGCAGUCGCAACCUGCUUCGACAACGGCACGAUGUACUGCGCCCGCGCGCAGGUGCACCGCGGCAGCCUGUACCUCACCGACUACCGCGCCAUCUUCUUCGACCGAUGGCACUCGCUGCCCGACAUCGACAUCGUCUUUGCCGCCGUCGAUGAGCCGCGCGUCAAGAUGCUCGUCGAGGAGGCGCAGUGGACGAGGACGGUGGGCAAGUACCCGGGCAAGUCGGAGGGUGUCCGCUGGGAGGACAAGAUCGAGCUCGCGAUGCACACGGGCAACGUCGGCUCGCCGUUUCGUAAGCGGCUUGCGGCGGCGGCGGCGGCGCACCCCGACUCGAUGCUGGUGAACGAGCUCUUCAUUGGCGACCACGGCAAGAUCAAGCAGACCUGCCGCGAGCUGGGGCUGCACACGCAGGGCGGCCACCAGCAGCACAAGUGCUUCAUGCGCUUCGAGGACCAGUGCUCGUACAAGUACCUGCUCAACUCGGCGUCGAUCGGCUACGCGAACAAGUUCAAGUACCUGCUGCUCUGUGGCUCGGUUGUCAUUUACGUGCAGGACGGGAUGCAGCACAAGGAGUUCUACGAGCACGGACUGCUGCCCGGCGUGCACUACGUGCAGGCGGCCACUGCAGACGACGUGCCCGCCAUGGGAAGGGAAACCGCGCUGAGGCAGAGGCGCUGGCGGUGUGAACAGGUCGCCUCCGCGGGGCGAGCUCGGCUCGCGGCGCUCGACGUGCGCGCGAUCGCCGCCUUCAACGCCGAGCUCUUCACGCAGUACGCCGCCAAGCAGCGCUUCAGGGUGAGGCCGCUGCCGGGCGCCGUCCGGAUCGACUGCGAGGACGACCUGUGGCGGCACUAUGCGCGCGACCCGGGCUUCCUUAAGCACUUUCGCUCCGAGGACAACGCCACGUGCGUGCGCCCAAUCUCGCCGCCCUUCCGGCCUCCGGGGUGGGGCGGGGCGUACAACGGCUCAAAGGUGCGCUGCGUGGCGUCGCACGACCAGCGAGCCGGCGCGCAGCCCCUCUUUUGCACGCCCGGCGCGGUCGUCGAGGAGGACCAGAACCCGGGCGAUAAGACUCUGCAGCACCGGGUCAUCACCACCACGCGGAGCGUACAGCCCGGCACCAGCUACGCGCCCUUCUCCGAGUUCCCGAGUGCGGCGAAGGACGGAAUCCCUUGGACUAUGCUGUGA